AUGGGUGACGCUGGACAAAAACUACAAAACACAGAGGCCUCAUGGGCCGUGAAGCUCAGGCUCUGUGAGACAGUGACCACAUUCUCCCACGGUCACCCUGAAGCCGAACCUUGGUCUUUGGGGACCCCUGAUGUCUGGGCCCGGACAGUGACGUCACUGGCUCGCGUUCACAGCUCGCUCUUUUCUGCUGGGACGCGUCCCAAACCGUUCAGCUGCCGCCUCGGGCUCCGUGAGUGGGCACGGCGGGGGGCCGGGACGCGCCGGUGUUCGAACCACACUGACACCAGGCCGGGCCGUUGGCAUAGGGAGCCGCGGCGGUCAGCUGGGGUCCCGCGGGGCAGGGAGUGUCCCGGCGGAGGAGGGCGGUGCUAUGAGCGGGACGCGGCCGGCGGGGCUCCGCCAGCUUACGCGGAGCUCCGCCGCGGCGCAGACAUCUUGGCACCGAAUGGUGGAGACGGAGGGUCCGGUCCUAACGCCCCGAUGGAUCGACGGCGGGGCUCGCGGGUCCAGGAGGAGUCCUCGCCGGGAGCCAGGGGCCUGUCCGCGGGGCCGGGGAGCACCGGCAGCGGUCCGUGCUCUGCCCCUGCAACUCCCUCUGUUAUGAUUGGCUGUGACUGACGGUGUCAGCUCCUCAUCCACGACUGCAGGGGAAGGUGUUGAUCUCCAGAGCUUGUCGCCAUGACAGCAGGAAGGGGCGUGUCCCACGGCGCCACUGUGCUGCUGCUGCGGCUCUGUGGUUUUUUUAGGUUUUGAUUUUUGUAGCGUUGGACGAGAAAAUCAAAACCUAAAGAAAAUACAGCGCUGACAGAACUUCCUGCAGGGGGCGCCGAGCACCAGGCUGCUGGACAUGAGGAGGUCUGCAUCCUUCCUGUGACCUUCAUCAAGUUUCAGGUGUUGUGGCUCGUUCACGUGUAACAGUCUCGGAGGCGUCGCUGACCUUCAGCGAUCACGCCACAGCUGGAUGUUUGAGGCUGAUGUGUCCACUUCCUGUUUGUGAUCGCUGUCAAAACGUUUCGAACUUCCUCAGUAAAGCAGAGUGAAAAUAAA